GGAUGCUUUUGGAGAUGAGGGGGGCAUGUGGAGUCAAGUGGUGGGACAGUAGGCUCGCGCUCGGUGUCCAAAGUUUCGAAACCCUCCGGCGGUCAUGAUUUGGGUGUUUUGCGUUUUGUCGCUGGGGGUUAUCUCGCCUGCAGUGAGCAGACAUGCUUGGAACGCAGAAGAUUCACCCGGUUUGAAAAGGUUUCAGCGGGACUUUGGUGCUGUUGAAGACCGAUCCGUUUUAGAGAGCUCGGUUCUGUCGAAACGCAGUGCGGGACUGAAUGAUCAGACGUGCACGCCUCUGCUGGGAGUCGAGGCAGCUCUGUUGAACAACACCAGCAACUUCAUGUUCAAAGUGCGAACCGCUGGGUCACUGUCGCUGGCCUGGGUGGGAGACGGAACAGGGGUUCUGCUGGUGCUGACGACGUUCUACGCACCGUUCCUGCUGAUGCGCUUCGGCCAGUCUAACCUCUACAGGAGUGAAGACUACGGGAAGACCUUCAGGGAUGUGACCCAUGUCAUCAACCACACCUUCAUUCAGUCGGAGUUCGGCAUCUCCGUCGGUCCGGAUCACUCUGGCAAGGUCCUCCUGACCGGUGAUGUUUCUGGGUUUGGAGGGUUUCGGCUCUUUCGCUCUCGGGACUUUGGCCGGUCAUUCGUGCAGAGCGAUCUGCCGUUUGAGCCUCUGAUCCAAAUGCUCUUCAACCCCGAGGACUGCAACAUCCUGCUGACGCUCAGCAUCAGGUUGGACCUUUGGCUGUCUGAAGACUUUGGCGCCACCUGGAGAAAAAUCCACGACAGCGUUUGUUUGGUCAGAUGGGGCUCAAAGAACACCGUCUACUUUACCACCAGCAACAACGUUUCCUGCAGUGAAAAGGGAAUGCUUGAAUUAAAGAAAACCGUCAACUACGGCAGAAGUUUCCAAACCAUCGCAACCAGAGUUUACUCCUUCGCUUUGGGAGGAAAGUUUGUCUUCGCCUCCAUCAUGACAGGAACGGGCACAGAGCGCAUGAUCCAUGUGUCUGUGGAUGGGGGAGAGCACUGGAACGUGGCUCAGCUUCCGACCGCCACCAACCAGCAGUUUUACUCUUUUCUUGCUGCUAAUCAGGACAUGAUCUUCAUGCAUGUGGACGACCCUGGAGACACUGGGAUAGGAACCAUCUACGUGUCGGACGACAGAGGAAUUGUCUUCUCCAAGUCUCUGGAGCGCCACCUCUACACAACCACAGGAAGUGACACCGACUUCACCACCAUCUCCUCGCUCCGGGGAGUCUACCUGACCAGCAUCCUCACAGAGGCCGGUGUUGUGGAGACGGUGAUCACGUAUGACCAAGGGGCGAAGUGGCAGACGCUGCGCAGACCUGAGAACAGUCAGUGCGACUCCGACACUUCAACCAACAGACCCAACACGUGCUGGCUUCAUAUCCACGCCUCUUACAGCACCACCAUGAAGAUGAACGUCCCCAUGCUGCCUCUGUCCCAGCCCAACGCCGUGGGCCUCAUCCUAGCCCACGGCAGCCUGGGAGACGCAGAGUCCACCCUCUUCCCUGACGUGUACGUGUCUGACGAUGGGGGCUACACCUGGAUGCUGGCCCUCAAAGGCCCCCAUCACUAUGCUAUUCUGGACUCUGGAGGCCUGCUGGUGGCAGUGGAGCACACCAACGCCCUGGUCAACCAGAUCAAAUUCUCCACAGAUGAGGGUCAGUGCUGGCACACAUAUAACUUCACCAACGACCCGUUACACUUCAGCGGCAUGGACAGCGAGCCCGGCGCUCGCUCCAUGAACGUCAGCCUGUGGGGCUACAGGAAUGACUUCAGUAAAUGGGUGGUGGUCACCAUAGACUUUAAGAAGCUGCUCACCAGAGACUGUGAUGAUGGGGACUACGUGGAGUGGCUUGCUCAUUCUGCAGACCAAAGCGGAUCCAGUGAUGGCUGCGUGCUGGGGUAUAAGGAGACGCUCCUGCGUUUGAGGAAAGACUCGGUCUGCUGGAACGGGAGGGACUUUGUGGUGUCCAGGAAGCCGUCCCCCUGUGUGUGUACAGAGGUGGACUAUCACUGUGACUUUGGGUUUUACCGUCCGGAGAACAGCACUGAGUGUGUGAUGCAGGAGGAGGUGAAGGGCCGGGCUCUGGAGUUCUGUUUGAAUGAGACCACAGAACAGCUGCAGACCAGUGGGUACAGGAAAAUCCCAGGUAACCAGUGUGAAGGAGGCUUUCAGCCCACCAGGAAGGAGACGGACCUCGGGAAGAUGUGCACUAGUGAUGCUCUGCAUCCCAACUUUCUGCAGACUGACAGCAGUUCACUGAACACCGUUGCCAUAGCGAUGGUCAUCAUAGCUAUCCUCCUUACCAGUGCUCUAGCGGGAGUUUGGCUGGUAAAGAAAUAUGUUUGUGGAGGCCGGUUCCUCGUGCACAGAUACUCUGUAAUGCGGGAAAACGUGGAAGCCAAUAAGAUAGAAGGAGUGGACGACGUGGACACCCAGUACAUGGAGACCGCAAAGACUCAGUUUAACGAAGACUCAGAUCAGGACCUGUUAGAUUAGGAUCUUUUCUUUUACCAGCUUUCCUGGUGACUGAGCAUUCCUGUUGCUCCCACAUGCUGACUAACAUCCGUGUCCCUGCCCCCCCCAGUGGUCAAAAGACUCAAAUUCGGACACUUUUCUUGCUUUAGGGUUUUACAAACAGAGCUUAGCACAAAACAGAGAAGGCUGUCUUGAGAGCUUUAUGUUUGUUCUGGAAGCACCGAUGGGUUUGAGAAAGAUUUUUAUUUUUCCUCUUGCUAAAAAAAGCUGCACUGCUCAAGGCACUAUGCAAAUAAUGACUGGAACAUGUGGGGUAUAAGACGCUUUGAGACUCAAGUAACAAAACACAAUUUUAUUUUAUGUUAUCCCAUAUAAAUAGUUGUGUUUUUGUGUAGGAUGAGUCAUACCGCUCUCUGAAAGAGUAAUCAAAAAAUUGCUCUUCUCUUCAAAAAUUGUACAUUUAGUUUGAAAGAAUCAAAAGUUUCAUCUUCAUUUUGAUGCAUCACUCGCUGUUUCGCGGUUUGUGGACGUCACCAGCAGGCCUAGAGGAAGGUUUUAUAAGCUUGUCGUGGUGGUUCGUUAAGCUAUAUAUCCUAAAUAAAUUUAAAACAAUCAUUUUAGAUAUUUUGAGAAAGCCAGAAGUUAGCAUGUUGUGUUAGCAAAAACUCAAAAAUAAUUAUUAUUAUGUUGACCUUUUUAUUUCUAAAGCACAUAUUAAAGAAUUUUAAGUAAAUCGACAAUCAAAUGAGGCUUAAAUGCCAAAAUAUCACAUCAUUUCGCAUAUUGAAAACAUUUAUCAAGACUUCAACAAAUUUGUUUUACUUUACAAAAAUCUGUUUUUAUUAAAAAUAGACAAUAAAUGUUCUAAAAUGUUCAUUUCAUACAGAUCUUUUUAAUUAUCAAUCAAUUAAUGUUCAUCCCUGAAUUAUUUAAAAAAAAAAACUACUUUUUUUACAGCAUUUUAAGUUAAAGCCACUUUUUUGUAAGUAAACUUUACUUUUAAGAUAGUUACUACAAAUACAUUAAAAACAAUUGAUUAGAAGUGCAAUUAUGACUUUAUAAUUGGAGUAAACUGGCUGAGAUAUGUACAAGUAUUCAUAAUACAUGCUUCAACUCCAACCAUUUAUGAUGUGCAGAUUAGCAGUCACUUCAGGAAGUUUCUGUUCAUCAUGUGUGAAAAUGACCGAUGGAACGUACGAUUUUGGUUUUUAGCAUUAAGACCGUUGCAGCGGGUUUCCUCUGCUCUCCUGCAUGUGUGGUGAAAAGGAAAGACUUGAAUUGUUGCCAAAGCACUUUGACCCCUGCAUUUCUGAAAAGGGGAAACCUGACUUUAGCCCAGCAUUAUACCAGUAUGAAGAUGAAGCUUGUACUUGAACUUUUAUUAACACAAGGUACCGUAUGUUUUUAUGUUGUUUUUGCUGGUAUGUCCCUUUCGUUUAUCUUUGGACAAAGAUUUUAUAUAUUUUUCUGAAUGAUCAUAAUCAUUAAAGUAAUAACUGUGAAAAGAACAAGGCAAUUGUUUCUGUAAACACACUUGUACUGGUCAUGGAUUGGUUUUUCUAUAAUGUGUAAUCUCUUGACAGUUCCAGUAUUACAGAUUAACAUAUCUGGCUACUUCAUGUUUAUAGAUAUAUUUUAUUAGAUUUAAAAAGGUUUUGCAUGUUUCUUUCAGCUUCUAGCAGUGCAAGAUCUGGAUUUUAGCAAACGUUCAGGUUUUGUUUUCCUCCAUCAGCGGAAGCAGUAUUCCAGUAGAUAAGCUAUUAUCAAUAUUUGACAGGCUUAAUGUUGAGGCAUUAUCUCAAUUAGAGGACCUUUUUUAGUCCAUGAAACUCAUAAAACGAAGGCUUUCUCAUUUACACAACUGUCAGAAUAAGCAAGCCCAGCUAUUUACUGGAUUCAACUACUUGUUUUUGCACUGUUUCUCCAGAUCUGUGAACUUGUUGAACUUCUGGUACAACUGCUCUUUGUAAAAAUUUUUAAUAAAGUUUGCAUUGUUAUCUUUU